CCUAUGAGUUGCAGAACUGCCCUGAUCCUCCUCCUUUUCUGAACGGAUACAUCGUCAACUCAGACUACAGCGUGGGUCAGUCGGUGUCCUUCGAGUGCUACCCUGGCUAUGUGCUGAGGGGUCAGCCUGUCCUCACCUGCCAGCAUGGCAUCAACAGGAACUGGAACUACCAUUUCCCCCGAUGUGAAGCUCCUUGUGGCUAUAACGUAACUGCUCAGAACGGUACAGUUUAUUCCCCAGGAUUUCCAGAUGAAUACCCAAAUUCCAAGGACUGUACUUGGUUGAUUAUUGUACCUCCAGGCCAUGGGAUUUAUAUCAACUUUACCUUGCUCCAAACUGAACCUGUGAACGACUACAUUGCAGUAUGGGAUGGUCCCGACCAUAACUCACCUCAGCUUGGAGUGUUCAGUGGGAACACAGCUCUGGAAACAGCUUACAGCUCCACCAACCAAGUCCUCCUGAAAUUUCACAGUGAUUUUUCGACAGGAGGAUUCUUUGUCCUCAAUUUUCACGCCUAUCAGCUGAAGAAGUGCCAACCUCCACCCACAGUUCCUCAUGCAGAUUUGUUUACAGAAGAUGAUGACUUCGAAAUAGGAGAUUUUGUGAAGUACAGAUGCCAUCCUGGGUUCACCCUUGUUGGCCAAGAUAUAUUAACCUGCAAACUGAAUACACAGUUGCAGUUUGAAGGAUCUUCUCCAUCUUGUGAAGCACAAUGUCCAGCAAAUGAAAUCCGUACAGAAUCCUCAGGAGUGAUCCUCAGUCCAGGUUAUCCAGGCACCUAUCCCAACUCUCAGACAUGUUCUUGGACUAUUAAAGUUGAGCCUGGAUAUAACAUCUCCAUUUUUGUAGAAAUGUUUCAAAGUGAAAAGCAAUUUGAUGAGCUGGAGGUAUUUGAUGGUUCUUCUGGGCAAAGUCCUUUACUGGUUGCUUUAAGUGGAAAUCAUACUGGGCAACUGAACUUCACGAGCAGAAUGAAUCAGCUGUAUCUUCGCUGGUCAACUGAUCAUGCAACCAGCAAGAAAGGAUUCAAGAUCCGUUACUCAGCUCCUUAUUGCAGCUUAAACCCUACCCUGAGGAAUGGUGGAAUUGUAAAUAAAACUGGUGGUCCUGCUGGCAGCAAAGUUCGCUAUUACUGCAAACCUGGGUACAGAAUGAUUGGCCACAGCAAUGCCACGUGCAGGCGGCACCAGAACGGCAUGUACCAGUGGGAUUCUCCCGUGCCAAUCUGCCAAG